UAACAAUAUAUUUAUCUAGUAUUUUUCAGUUUUGUUCAUUACAAAGAAGAUAAAUAAGAAAGAAAUUGAAAAGAAAAUGUAAGUUUGAAAAUAGAUGUUAUAUACAACAUUAGAGUUUUUAUAGCAGAUAUGGUCCUCCAUGUCUCUUCAUGCCCUGCAAUAGAUUACAUAGAUAUUUUAUAGGAAACCGUGUCAAGGUGCAUCUCAGUAUUUCACGAUUUUCACUGGAAUUAUUAAUCACAUUAGAACAGAAGCAAGAUAUUAAUGAGGCUACAACUUGCAUCCACUCCCUCUUCCAUGCUGGACAGGUGUGCAUGCAGCAGGCUCACCACCAACUCAUUCAGUUGCAUUCUUUUAAGAGACUGAAAUCCAGUGAUUUAAUGUAAAAUUUUGUUAUUGAAUAUAUUUGUACAGUUGCAAAUACUUUUCUACUGUAAAUCAGAGAAUAAAACUUUUCCAAAUGGGAUUAGCCUAUGCUUUCGGAGGGUGUCUGGCUCCUAACACUUUCUCACCCUAAGUUUCAGUGAUGUCUUCAGGUUAUGGUGCUCUCGCCCAAAGUUCCAGGUUCCGAGUUUGUUUGAUGAAUCAUCUUUUCAUGUUACUGCCCAUUAACCUGAAUGUUUAAUGAAUCGGCCAAGAGUCAUGACUGUUGACACCUAUUGCUACAAUUCAUUGAACAAUCUGCACUAUAACUGAAUUUCCAUGUGAUUUUGUGUUUUCUGCAUAAAUUUUUAAUAAUUUCAUUAACCAUGAAUUCUACAAAAAUUAAUGGCUCUCCUUCCAAACAGUAACAUCUCCCUUUUCAGCACCAUCCUAGGGCACUCAGCACUUCUCAGCAAGCCACAUGAGCCGCCCUGACUCGGCCUUGCAUCUCCACAUGGACAGCAACCAUGGCCACCACAGGGAAGCAGAUCAACACACACUUCUCCUACACUGUUAAUAUGAAGACAGUGAGAGAGGUGCUUCCCCCCAACCAUCACAUCAGAGAGCUUGACGAGACCAUUCCCGAAGGAGUGCUGAAGGCUGGGGACUACUUUGUGACUAUGUUAGACCGUUUCUGUGGCAAGAGGAAGCAAGGAAACACAUAUAUAGUGCGACUCAGACUUUUUGCAGUACUGAAGGAUGGCACCAGAGAUGACAGGACUGUGAAGUGCUUCAUGUCUGGGCCUCACUGUGAGGCGUUGGCAGAGAACCUCAUAACGGAUCUGGACGCCCAGGGCACCUGGUCAGCAGACAGGUUCAGGAAGGAGGGCAAGGUGGUGUGGAUAGUGCUGCAUCAGGCCUUCGUCAUACCUUGCAAGGAGGUGUGUAAAGAAUACCAUCCACUAUACAUUGUGGUGGGCCCUGAGAUUGGUCCUAACUGCCAGAUGUGGUUGCUGUUGGGGCUGUCAUCUGCAGAGCCUGUCACCUCUCGUGAUUCAACCCCAUCCCCUUCUCUUCUUGACCUUGCAUCUCCACAGGCAUCACCAUUACCACGGUCACGAUCACUAUCACCGUCACCAUCACCACCACCUCCCACCACUGCCACCACCACUGUCAUUACGUGGGAUGUACAAACUUCCGGCUCCAAGUUAGCUUCUUCUGCCCUUUCCAAAAGACCCAUGUCCUCCACCCAAGCUUCCCUGGCACACACUAAACACACCUCCACCACACACUUGGGUUCCUAUAAUAUGAACUCACAGCCCCAGGCCUCCUCCACCACAUCCUCAGGUCCCACCACUGACCCUUCCCAUGCUUCAGCCCAACACUCAACCUCAGCCCGACCCUCAACCUCAGCCCGACACUCAACCUCAGCCCGACACUCAACCUCAGCCCGACCCUCAACCUCAGCCGGACCCUCAACCUCAGCCCGACCCUCAGCCUCAGCCCAACCCUCAACCUCAGCCCGACCCUCAACCUCAGCCCGACCCUCAACCUCAGCCCGACCCUCAACCUCAGCCGGACCCUCAACCUCAGCCAGACCCUCAACCUCAGCCCGACCCUCAACCUCAGCCCGACCCUCAACCUCAGCCCGACACUCAACCUCAGCCGGACCCUCAACCUCAGCCCGACCCUCAACCUCAGCCGGACCCUCAACCUCAGCCCGACCCUCAACCUCAGCCCGACACUCAACCUCAGCCGGACCCUCAACCUCAGCCCGACCCUCAACCUCAGCCGGACCCUCAACCUCAGCCCGACCCUCAACCUCAGCCCGACCUGCAACUUUAGUCCAAGCCAAGCCCCCCGCCACAGCCCAAUCCCCUGGCUGUGCAAAUGCCCCAGCUCUCUCUUUUGGCAGCAAGAAGAUCUGGAUUGGGUACAGACUGAAGCCUCUGUCUGCAGCAGUGAAAGGUUCCAAGUUCUCCUCAGCAGGGGUGGUGGUGGAGGUGGUGAAGAGAGGGCAGCUCACAAGUAAGACCAAAAUAAUAUACGACAUCUUAAAGGUGUCCGACCAGGGACUCGCAGACCCAGCCGCCAGGCAGACCCACAUGAUGGUCAAGGUGUUCCGCAACGAUAGGAUGGACUGGCCUGAGGGGGGCAGUCCAGCGGUAGGCCAGGUUGUAGUGUUCAAGGAUGUGAUGUGUAAGGAGUUCAAAGGGUACCUGGAGUUCACUGUGUACAGCACCACAAUGGUAUGCAUCUGCACCCAGGAUGAGGACAACCACCUUGUUUGGCACUCCCACUCAAAGAAUAGUCCACACGACACAGAGUAUGCAGAGGUGGCACUGCAGCUGUUUGAUUGGUGGGCAAAAGAUGGGCGCACUUUUCAAUUUGGUUGGCAUGGCGUCCAGCCCUCCUCUUCUGUUGUAAGUGGGAUCCCCACCCUUGAUAUCGCACAUGCUGUUGACAAGGGACGCUUUACACUCCACUGCCAGGUGGUGAAGAAGACUGUUUACCCUGCUUCCACAUGCCCCAUGGUUGUCUUGAGGGUGCGUGAUGGCACUCGCUCAUCAUUCAGGUUUGAGGAGAUCAACUACAACCCCUCCAUAAUUGUGCACAACAGAAAGCUGGUGAUAGGGGUCCAUGACAGCCUGGAGGUGGACAUCCUGGUAAUGAGUGAUGUUGUUCCACAAGAGCUGGAUAAACUGGAGCUUGGUACCUUUGUGAAGCUGAAAGGUGUGGAAUCCAACAGGCUGUACGGUGACUGUCGGAAGUUUGUGUUCUUGACAUCAAGUGGUACUGGUUGCAUAAAGCUGCUGGGAGAUGAUGAUCCAGAGCUACUACCCCUCAAGGACAGAGUGCUGAAGGCAAUAGCUAACCAGGGGACAGAGAGCAGCAGCAGCAGCAGCAGUGGACAGCUGUGAUGAUGGUUGCUCUCUGGAUGCUGAAAAUAAGGACCACAGCUCUAGCAGCACUCCAUAGCACAAACAACAGUGAUUGAACUGAGGCACCUUAGGGUCCACCAGUCACACCACCUCCAUCAGACAGCCUCUCCGUCCAUCCUCACAGUCCCAUGCCUCCUUCUCUUAAGUCUUCCAUCAGUAGGUAGCCUCUCCAUCCUUCCUCCCUUCAGCAUAACAGUUCCAGGCCGACAGUACAUAUCCCCUUCCCUCAAUCUUCUACUUCUAGGCAAUCUCAAGAUCCUUCCUCACAUCUAGCCACCUCCAAGUAGUUCCUCCAACCUUCCUCUCCAGAGCUGCUCACUACAGGACAGCCCUUGCAACACUCCUCUUGAAGAGACCUUACCCAUGACCUGCCAUGCUCCCCCAUCUCAGCUUACUGUGGUGCCUUAGAGGAGGUGCAGCAGGUGAGGUGCACAGUUUGAAGUCACGUGGAAUUACACAUAGUGCACACAUAUACAAGUAUUACAUAAGUGGAUGUAAAGUGGAUGACGAGAUGAUGAGGAGGGUAUACAAGUGUAGGUCAAAUCUGAAUAUUAGAGUACAAACACAUUAAUGAAAAACAUGUUUGCAUCACUGUUAUGAUUUACUGUAUACUGCUGCAUAACAAAGGUGUUAGCUCCUUAAAGGUUAUGCAAAUAGAAUCAAUCUCUGUCUCUCUCUCUCUCUCUCUCUCUCUCUCUCUCUCUCUCUCUCUCUCUCUCUCUCUCUCUCUCUCUCUCUCUCUCU